AUGUUCACGGUCUCUAUCAGAUAUCACUUUCUUAAUUAUAUUAAAAGUAAAAGAUGGCACGUACCAAGCAAACUGCUCGCAAAUCCACAGGAGUCUGCUGCCAUUGGCGCUUUGCAGGAAGCCAGUGAGGCUUACCUCGUAGGUCUCUUUGAAGACACUAACCUGUGCGCUAUUCACGCAAAACGCGUCACAAUCAUGCCUAAAGACAUCCAACUUGCACGACGAAUCCGUGGAGAACGCGCUUAA